CUCUUCCGGCAACUUGCGCAGUUCCGUCAUGGCCUCCAAGAGAACGAAGCCUAACUCUCCGAGGUCUCUAAAGCAGACUGAGGUACGCGGCCCGGCUCAGGACAAGUAUUCAGUGCUUUUACCUACCUACAACGAACGUGAGAACCUGCCGCUCAUCGUAUGGCUGCUGGUGAAAAGCUUCUCCGACAGUGGAAUCAAUUAUGAAAUUAUAAUCAUAGAUGAUGGAAGCCCAGAUGGAACAAGGGAUGUUGCUGAACAAUUGGAGAAGAUCUAUGGGUCAGAUAAAAUUCUUCUAAGACCACGAGAAAAAAAAUUGGGACUUGGGACUGCAUAUAUUCAUGGAAUGAAACAUGCCACAGGAAACUAUAUAAUCAUCAUGGAUGCAGAUCUCUCACAUCAUCCAAAAUUUAUUCCUGAAUUCAUCAGGAAACAAAAGGAGGGUAAUUUUGACAUUGUCUCUGGAACACGAUACAAGGGAAAUGGAGGUGUAUAUGGCUGGGAUUUAAAAAGAAAAAUAAUCAGUCGUGGGGCUAAUUUCAUAACUCAGAUUUUGCUGAGACCAGGAGCAUCUGACUUAACAGGAAGUUACAGAUUAUACCGAAAAGAAGUUCUGCAGAAAUUAAUAGAAAACUGUGUAUCUAAAGGCUAUGUCUUCCAGAUGGAGAUGAUUGUUCGAGCAAGACAAUUGAACUACACAAUUGGUGAGGUUCCAAUAUCAUUUGUGGAUCGAGUUUAUGGUGAAUCCAAGUUGGGAGGAAAUGAAGUAGUCUCUUUCUUGAAAGGAUUGUUGACUCUUUUUGCAACUACAUAAAAGUUAAAUUCUUUUGUAUUUAUCAUGUUCAUUUCAAUUUUAACAUAAAAGAAGCCUGGUUGCUGUU